AUGGUGUUUGAUAGGAAAGGAACAAAGCAAGGAAAACCAAAACAGCAGCUUCCUCAGUUGGAAAACCAAACCUCAGAUACUUUCUGGGGAGGAAGGGUUACAUGCGAUUCUGAGCAUAAGAGAGUGAGAAUACUGAGUCUUGCAAAGAUGGGUCUUAAUGGAAACUUACCCUCACAGAUUGGCAAUUUGUCGUUCUUAGUAAAACUUGACCUCAACAGCAACAACUUGUGUGGUAAGAUGCCAAAAGAGUUGCUUCAGCCGCACAGGUUAGAAAUUCUGAACUUGAGUUAUAAUGCAUUCAGUGGAGAAAUCCCAACUCGGAUUGGAAGCUUAUUUAGGCUUCAACACUUGAUUCUUGGCAAUAAUAGUUUCGGAGGCAUCAUUCCUGCAAGUAUAUCCAAUUUGUCAAAGUUGGAGACCUUGGAUUUGAAUUCUAAUUCCCUCCAAGGAUCUAUUUCCUUUGAUAUUGGUAGGCUUCAACAUCUUAAAAUUUUACGGCCUCCUGUGAACCGCGUUUUUUAA